AAAACACCUUAGCACGGACUAUUUAUCCAUGUGUUGUAACUCAUCAGCUUCAAUCUACCUAUUUUGCCAUUUCCCCGAAUUUGAAAAAUUGGCAGCUGUUAUUGCGCACCUGAUGGCCUCUAUCGGUUGUGGCUACAAAUGCCUGCAGUUAAUACUUUUAGCCCUCAAUUCUGUUGUGCUAGGUGGUGGUCUCGGGCUCGUUAUACUUGCCAGCAUCGUGGAAUCUAAUUCGGGCCAUUACGGCGAUACAUCCCAGACUAGUUUCCGGACAAUAGUCAUAUUUAUUAUAUGUCUUGGAUGUGUCAUAUUUUUAGUUGGCUUUAUUGGAUUUUGUGGAACAUGCCUGAAAAGUUCGUGCUUGCUUGUUACCUAUUCUGUUCUCCUCGGUGUUCUAUCACUGACAGAAAUUUGCUGCGGAAUCACUAUGUUAAUUAUGCGUGGACAGAUUCCUGAUGUGAUCGGUCAGCAAAUAAAUGAUGUAUAUGCACAGUACAAGACUGACAGUGCAGUCCGCAAUUCAAUAAACAGAAUGCAAAAAAUGGUGCUACUCUGCGGUUAAUUGAUAACUUUAGAUGAAAUGUUGUGGACCUGAUGGUCGGUGGAAUUAUGGGCAUGUGCCCGAUUCUUGCAUUGGCACAGAAGGGAAGAUUCAUAGCUCCGGUUGUGUUGGAAAAUUGCGCAACUUUUUUGAACAGAAUCUCAUCACAAUCGCGGUCUGUGUCUUCGUGUUUGCCUUCGUCCAAUUAAUCUGUAUGAUUUUCGCCGCUUGUGUCGCCCAGGCCGUGCGAACGAAUGACUUGGAGGUGGUUUAACAGGAUUUAUCUGGAAUCGCCAAGACAAAAAUGAAGACUGUUUCUCAUCCCAAUUCUGAAAACAAGACUAACCAUAUAUUUGAUUUACUGCGUUUGCGAGUGGGA